AUGUCUACGGCAUCUAAUGCACCCGACCGCUACAAGCUUGUCUUCUUUGUCCCGACCGAGAACGCCGAGUCCUGCAAAGAAGCCAUCUUUGCAGUGGGUGCAGGCUCCUUCCCUGGUGGAAAAUACACCAAGUGCUGCUUCCAGACCCCUGGAAUUGGCCAGUUUCUUCCUAACGAGGGCGCAAAUCCCGCGAUCGGCGCUGUCGGGGAGGUCGAGCGGUGCGAGGAGCUCAGAGUCGAGGUUAUGUGCCUCGGGCGCGAUAUUAUGCUGCAGGCAGUGGAUGAGUUGAUACGGGCGCAUCCGUAUGAGGAGGUUGCGUACGAGGUUUAUCGAAUGGAGAAUGUGUAG